GAAACUAUUGAAGAGCCUCUCUUUAGUGUUUGCUCCACUAGGCCUCACCUCAGCCUCCUCUGCUGCUACGCUAGCUAGCGUCCAAAUUCGAACUCAAGUAGAAGUCGAACGCCCUACCAGACCCAAACUCCGUUUGAACGAGGAAUAUCUACGUCCUGCCGCUAACUGCCAAGUUGUAAACUUUUCCUGUUUUUUCUUGGACAACUUAUGAAUAACUUUUUCUAGUAACAUAAACAGAUAAAUCCUUGGAAAAGAACCAAAUUUAUCUUCUUUCAAACUUCAAAUUUGAAAGGGAAAGAGGGAAAAAGGCUCUGUUUUUGAAAGAUGGGUAUUGUCUCAAAUCUUAGAGGGCCAAGAACGCAACAAGGGUUGCCCUUUUCUGAUGGGUUGCCAUCUUCUACAUCCACUUCCAACAAGAAAAAAUGGUUCAAUUUGAUGCCUUUAGUUGUGGCCCUUGUUGUCAUAGCUGAAAUUGUGUUUCUGGGUCGUCUUGAUAUGGCUAAAAACGCUGCCUUUUUGGAUUCAUGGCCUGAGAUGUUCUAUAAAUCACACUCUUCUGGUGAAGUAGAGGUAGCUGGCGUUGAAAAUUUUGGUAUUCAAGCUUUGGGUGGUGAUCAGAACUCAGUUGCUGAGAGCUGUGAGGAAUGGCUUGAGAGAGAAGAUGCCGUGGUUUAUUCAAGGGAUUUUGGCAAGGAUCCCAUCUGGGUUUCUGGUGAUCAGCAGGAGUGGAAAACUUGUUCUCUGAGUUGUAUGUUUGGAUUUGAUCCGAGUAAGAAACCCGAUGCUGCCUUUGGUUUGCCUGAAAAAUCUGGAGUAGCUAGUGUGCUGCGUUCAAUGGAAUCAGCUUCCUACUAUUUACAGAAUAAUAUUGCUAUGGCAAGACGGAGGGGUUAUGAUAUUGUAAUGACAACUAGCCUCUCAUCAGAUGUUCCUGUUGGAUAUUUUUCAUGGGCUGAGUAUGAUAUCAUGGCACCAGUGAUGCCGAAAACUGAGACGGCCAUUGCAGCUGCUUUCAUUUCUAACUGUGGUGCCCGCAACUUUCGUUUAGAUGCCCUUGUUGGCCUUGAAAAGGCAAAUAUCAAGAUAGAUUCUUAUGGUGGUUGCCAUAGAAAUCGCAAUGAGAGAGUGGACAAAGUGGAAGCUCUGAAACGCUAUAAGUUUAGCUUGGCUUUUGAAAACUCCAUUGAGGAGGAUUAUGUCACAGAAAAAUUUUUCCAGUCUCUUGUUGCAGGAACUGUACCUGUGGUGGUUGGUGCUCCAAAUAUUGAAGAUUUUGCUCCUUCUCCUGGUUCAGUUUUACAUAUUAAGGAAUUGGACGAUGUUCAGUCAGUUGCAAGAAGAAUGAAGUACCUUUCAGAAAACCCUGAUGCUUAUAAUCAAUCAUUAAGGUGGAAGUACGAAGGCCCAUCUGAUUCUUUCAAGGCCCUUGUGGAUAUGGCCACAGUUCAUUCAUCAUGCCGUUUGUGCAUUCACUUGGCCACCGUCAUCCGGGAGAAAGAAGAAAAGAGCUCUGACUUCAAGAAACGCCCCUGCAAGUGUACCAGAGGAUCAGAAACUGUGUAUCAUUUAUAUGUAAGAGAGCGAGGGAGGUUUGAGAUGGAUUCUAUUUUCUUGAGGUCUGGCAAUAUGACUCUAGAGGCCUUGGAGGCUGCAGUGCUUAUGAAGUUUAAGUCUCUGAAACACGUGCCAGUUUGGAAGCUGGAAAGACCCAAAAGCAUAAGAGGAGGGGAUGAACUAAAAAUAUGCAGAAUAUAUCCUGUUGGCUUGACACAGAGACAGGCUUUAUUUACCUUCAAAUUCAAAGGGGAUGGCGAUCUUAGGCUCUACAUUGAAAACAACCCUUGUGCAAAGUUUGAAGUCAUAUUUGUCUAAAUUGAAGGUUGCAUUAUCUCAACUUUGAGCAUGGACGAUGGAUUCCCAAUAUCAGAUCAGCACUAUUUGCUGAAAAUAUUUCUUGAGAGAUCAAGGUAACCUCAUGCAGGUUACGACUUUCAUCAAAUGCUUCCUGUAAGAAUUUCGUGAAUUUUUUUACAUUGAUUAGCUGCUAGGUUACAUGAAUGAGCAUGGUUAAAAUAUACGGUUGGCUCAAUUAGUUUUAGAUCAUGCCACAAUUCAUCUGACUCUUUGAGUUUUACCUUCAGAAUUCUUCCUAGCAUGAUAAAUUAUUGGAUGAAUUAGUUAGAUAUGUUAGAGUCACCUGUGUAUAAGUUUACUUGUUCCUGGAGAAUCUUCCUGAGUUCUAAUAAAAUUUUGUUAGGCCAGGUUGUCUCAGCAAUGAGCUGGGGCUUAAGUCUGGAGUCCUACCUCUUUUUGUGUGGGGAAUUCUGCCAUGAAUGAAAACCAUCAGGAUAAAACCUGUCAGUCCCCGGAAGAUAAAGUAUAACAUGCAGUUUGUUCGGAUGUGGACAACAAAAUUUCUGGACCCUUGAUCUCCAUUGUUCCCUUAUCUUCUUUUUCGUCCUCUUUUUUUAUGAAUCAUUACUCAUGCAUUCAGUAAAUAUAGAAUACUACAUGAUUUACUUAAUAAUGUAAAGAAUUUCCAUCCCAUGAUAAAAAAAAAAUUUUUGUC